AUGGAUGCGCACAUCGCUUUCUCGGGCUUCCCGGCCCUGCCCUCGGUCUCGCCGUCGGGGCCGCAGCCGUCGCCGCUGCUAGCCGUCGCCGAGCCGGGACACGAGCCCGAGGAGGUGACCAGCGGCGGGGACGUGGAGCCCACGGCCGCAUCGGGCCCGGGGAGGAGGCGCCGGCGGCCGCUGCAGCGCGGGAAGCCUCCCUACUCGUACAUCGCGCUCAUCGCCAUGGCCCUGGCGCACGCUCCGGGCCGCCGUCUCACGCUGGCCGCCAUCUACCGCUUCAUCACCGAGCGCUUCGCCUUCUACCGCGACAGCCCGCGCAAGUGGCAGAACAGCAUCCGACACAACCUCACCCUCAACGACUGCUUCGUCAAGGUGCCGCGCGAGCCGGGCAACCCGGGCAAAGGCAACUACUGGACGCUCGACCCCGCGGCCGCCGACAUGUUCGACAACGGCAGCUUCCUGCGGCGCCGCAAGCGCUUCAAGCGCGCCGAGCUGCCCGCGCCGCCCCCGCCGCCCUUCCCCUACGCGCCCUUCCCGCCCGCGCCCGCGCCCGCGCCGCCCGCGCGCCUCUUCCGCCUGGACAGCCUGCUGGGCUUGCAGCCCGAGCCGCCGGGGCCGGUGGCGUCCGAGCCGCCCUGCUGCACCGCGCCCGACGCCACCUUCCCGCCCUGCGCCGCCGCCGCCGCCGCCGCCUCGCCGCCGCUCUACCCGCCCGCGCCGCUGCCCGCCGAGCCUCUCCUGGCCUUGGCGGGACCGGCCGGCGCUCUCGGACCGCUCAGCCCCGGGGACGCCUACCUGAGACAGCCGGGCUUCGCCCCGGGGCUGGAACGCUACCUGUGA